AUGGCACAGAUCCCCUUCAGUGGCGUACGGACGCCGACGCGGCAAAACUCGGUCGACGUGCGCAACGAAGUCCACGUCCAGCAGAACCACUACAUCGGCAUCGACGUCGGCACCGGCAGCGCACGAGCCUGCAUCAUCAACGAGGCCGGCGACAUCGUUGGCCUCUCAUCCGAGAACAUCGGGCUCUGGCAGCCGCAGACGGGUUAUUACGAACAAUCGACCAACGACAUCUGGCGCUGCAUCUGCAACUCGGUGCACCGGGCGAUCGCGCAGAACAACAUCGACGUGCACUCGAUCCGGGGGAUCGGGUUCGACGCGACGUGCUCGCUGGCGGUGUUCACGCACGACACGGACGAGCCGGUAUCGGUGACGGGCCCGCACUUCGAUGCCGCGGCCAACGACCACAACGUCGUGCUGUGGCUGGACCACCGGCCCGUCGACGAGACCAAGCUUAUCAACGCCACCAAGCACAACCUUCUGCGCUACGUCGGCGGCACCAUGAGCAUCGAGAUGGAGAUCCCCAAGGUCCUGUGGCUGAAGAAUCACAUGCCCAAGGAGCUCUUCGACCGCUGUAAAUUCUACGAUCUGACCGACGCCCUCGAGCAUAUCGCCACGGGUAACGAGAAGAGGAGCUUCUGCUCCGUCGUCUGUAAGCAGGGCUAUGUCCCUGUCGGCGUGGACGGGAGUGUCAAGGGCUGGCAGGAGGAUUUCCUCACCGAGAUUGGUUUGCAGGAUCUCGCCGAGGAUGAUUUCAAGCGGAUGGGUGGAGUCAAUGGGGUGAAUGGCGAGUACCUCUCCGCUGGUGAACUCGCCGGCCACCUGUGCGAGAAGGCCGCGGCCGACCUCGGUCUCCCCGCUGGAAUCGCCGUUGGCAGCGGUGUCAUCGAUGCCUACGCAGGCUGGAUUGGCACUGUGGGAGCCAAAGUGAACCUCUCAAGCGACCAUCUCGACUCCAGCCAAGCGUCCAACGACCAGUCCCAAGCCUUCACACGUCUUGCCGCCGUCGCAGGCACGUCGACCUGCCAUUUGGUGCUUUCACCAGACCCCGUAUUCGUGCCUGGUGUCUGGGGCCCGUACAGGGACAGCAUCAUUCCAAAUUUCUGGAUGGCCGAGGGCGGUCAGUCAGCGACGGGCGAGCUGUUGAAACACGUCCUCGAGACACAUCCCGCAUACAACCAAGCGCUUGCCAUGUCGGAAUCCUCGUCCAGCAAUAUCUACGACUAUCUCAACCAGCACCUCCAGGAUAUGCAGGAGAGAACAUCCGCGCCCUCGAUCAGCUAUCUCGGACGCCAUUUCUUCUUCUACGGUGACCUGUUUGGCAACCGCUCACCCAUCGCCGAUCCGACCAUGUCCGGCUCGGUGGUCGGCCUCUCGAGUGACAAGUCUCUCGAUGGUCUUGCGUUGUACUAUUACGGCACGAUGGAGUUCAUUGCCCUGCAGACGCUGCAGAUCAUCUCGACGAUGAACAAGGCCGGCCACAAGAUCAGCUCCAUCUUCAUGUCGGGCUCCCAGUGUCAGAACGACAUCCUCAUGUCUCUCGUCGCCACUGCGUGCGACAUGCCUGUCCUUAUCCCCCGCUAUGUCCAUGCCGCCGUCUGCCAUGGUGCAGCCAUGCUCGGUGCAAAGGCUGCCAGUGCCGAUGCUAACGGCAAGACCGAAGAUCUCUGGAGUAUUAUGGAUCGCAUGAGUAAGCCCGGGAAACUUGUUCGUCCGACGACAAAUAAGUCCGUCAAGCCGCUACUUGAGGUCAAGUAUAAAGUCUUCCUCGAGCAGUGUGAGCGCCAACGGGAGUUCAGAAGGAUGGUGGAUGACGUCACACAAGCCUCUUCUUCAUGA